GCCCAAUAAAAAAAGCCCAGAACCUCAACCGCGCAAUCAUUGAUUCCAACACUGGAAAAACUACCUUGAAUUUCGUCUUCCCGCUUCCACCAAAAUUCUUCAAAAAUUUUCAGCGCCACUUAUAAAUAUCUUCACAUUUCUCUUCAAUUUUCACAAUUUCGAUCUAUAAUUUAUCUUAAUCUAUUACGUUACCAUGCCAAGUAAGCGCAAAACUAGGUCAUCUUCUACUUCCUCUGUGGAUGCUGCAACUGUCGCCGCUGAUUCAACUUCCGGCGAGACUCCGAACAAAUCCAGGAGGAAGACGAAUCUGAAAACUUCUGUAGUCGUAGCAGUUGAUAAAAACGAAAAAAGUGAUGCUGCUGAUUUGAAUGUUGACCGUAACGGAAACAGUGAAGAUGAAGGUUCUAAUUCCAGAUUUGUUGGAGAUCCGAUUUCCGAUGAAAAAGCUAAACGCCGAUGGCCAAAUCGGUAUCAAGAAAAGGAAAAGAAGCCAUCCACAAAAUCGAAGUCAAAUAGUAGUGACGAUGAAGAGAUUCUUCAAGCUCGACAUCACUACACAGAGGCAGAGAUUGAUGGGUGUACAAUUUACAAACUUAACGAUGAUGCCCAUGUGAAAGGGGAGGAAGGUGGAGAAAAUUAUAUCUGUAAAAUUGUUGAGAUGUUUGAGGCAGUUGAUGGAGGAUUGUACUUCACAGCACAAUGGUAUUAUAGAGCAAAGGAUACAGUCAUUCAAAACCUUGGACAUCUUAUUGAACCAAAGCGAGUAUUCUUUUCAGAAGUCCAAGACGACAACCCACUGGAUUGUCUUGUUGAAAAGUUAAACAUUGCCAGAUUACCACUAAAUGUGAAUUUUGAUGCAAAGAAGAAAGUAAUUCCACCUUGCGAUUAUUACUGCGACACACUCUAUCUUCUGCCAUACUCCACAUUUGUUAAAUUACCAUCAGAAAGCAAGGAAGGUGGUAGCGAGUCUUCCUCUACAAUUUCAUCCGAAAUUGAAGUAAAUGGAAGAUCUGAGGUGAACUCUAAAAUUGGUAACACUUUUCAUAGUGAAGAAAGUAAAGAACCAGAGCUGAAGUUGUUAGAUUUAUAUUCUGGUUGUGGAGCAAUGUCAACUGGUUUAUGUCAAGGUGGAAUCUUGUCUGGUUCAAAUAUUGUUACAAGAUGGGCAGUGGAUCUUAACGAACAUGCCUGUAAGAGUCUUAAACUAAACCAUCCAGAAACUGAGGUUAGAAAUGAAACCGCGGAAAAUUUCCUCUCAUUAUUGAAAGAAUGGGAGAAGCUAUGCAGUUACUUCUCUUUAGUCCAAAACAAGGUGCCGCAUAAGGAAUAUGUGGAUCUUUUUAAUGCAGAAGAGGAAGAGGAUGAUGACACGGGUGGCGAAGAAGACAACAAUGACGAAGAAGUGUUUGAAGUUUCCGAAGUGCUUGCAGUGCGAUAUGGUGAUCCAAAGAAAAACAAACCAGGGUUAUACUUAAAGGUUUCUUGGAAGGGAUAUGGAUCUGAUGCAGACUCUUGGGAGCCAAUUGAUGGUCUAAGUAAUUGCAAGGAAAGGAUAAAGGAUUUUGUGACUCAAGGCUUCAAGUCAAAAGUCUUACCAUUGCCGGGAGAUGUCGAUGUAGUAUGUGGCGGACCUCCAUGUCAAGGAAUAAGUGGUUUCAACCGUUUUAGGAACAAAGAGAAUCCCUUAGAAGAUGAAAAGAACAAACAAUUGGUGGUUUACAUGGAUAUUGUUAAUUACCUUCAGCCCAAAUUUGCUUUGAUGGAAAAUGUGGUUGAUCUUGUUAAGUUUGCGAAUGGAUUUCUUGGAAGAUAUGCAUUGGGUCGUCUUGUUCAAAUGAACUAUCAAAGUCGCUUGGGAAUUAUGGCUGCUGGAGCUUAUGGACUUCCUCAGUUUCGCUUGCGUGUCUUCAUAUGGGGGGCUGCACCUUCGGAGAUGCUGCCUCAAUUUCCACUUCCAACUCAUGAUGUUGUAUUAAGAGGUUUUAUUCCUUCGGAGUUUGAGAGUAGCACAGUUGCGUAUAAUGAAGGACACAAUGUUCAACUUCAAAGAAAACUUUUGUUGGAAGAUGCUAUUUCUGACCUUCCUAUGAUUGAGAAUAAUGAAAGACGAGAUGACAUGGAGUACGACAAACCUCCCCAAACAGAGUUCCAACAGUUCAUUAGAUUAAGCAAAAAUGAAAUGUUAGGUAUUUCAACUGAGAAGAAGUCUUCAAACUCUUUGCUUCAUGAUCAUCGUUCUCUCGAAUUGAAUGUGGAUGAUUAUCAACGUGUGUGUCGGAUUCCAAAAAAGAAGGGGGCUUGCUUCAGAGAUUUACCUGGUGUUCGUGUGCGGCCUGACAAUAAAGUUGAAUGGGAUCCUAAAGUAAAACGUGUAUAUUUGGAUUCGGGAAAACCAUUGGUUCCAGAUUAUGCUAUGUCUUUUGUGCAUGGAGGUUCAUCAAAACCUUUUGCUCGAUUAUGGUGGGAUGAAACUGUUCCAACUGUUGUGACAAGAGCAGAACCUCAUAAUCAGGCAAUUAUGCAUCCAAUGCAAGAUAGAGUGUUGUCAAUUCGGGAAAAUGCAAGACUUCAAGGUUUUCCUGACUUUUAUAAACUAUGUGGGCCAGUCAAAGAAAGGUACAUUCAAGUUGGGAAUGCAGUUGCAGUUCCAGUUGCAAGAGCUUUAGGAUAUAGUCUUGGUCUUGCAUUUCAGGGUGCUGUUGUCGAAGGGCCAUUGUACAAGUUGCCUGAUAAGUUUCCCAUGAUUAGAGAUCGGGUUUCCUCCGUUUCAUCCGAAGAUGAUGCAUAAUGUAACUUGAGUUUGUAUUUGUACCAUUAUUAUAUUAAUUUAUAAUUUAUCACAUAGUUGUAACAAAUUUGUAUCAUCAUCAUUGUUAUGUAACAUUAUUCUUCAACAUUGUUAUUUAACAUUAGAUUUUAAUAUCAAUCUACUACAAUCAUUCAUGGGGAUGAUUUUAUAA